GCGCGGGCCCCGCGCCGCCAUUUCCCUCUCGCGGCCUCCGCGGGCGUCCCCUUUCCGGGAGUAGGCGGAGACCGGCGGAGGCCCGGGCGGCGCGGAGGAGGCUGCGACCCGGCCAUGCAGCGUGAGCGGGGCGGCAGCCGGCCCCGCAAGGAAGGUGGCCGGCAUGGCCGGCGGCGGCCCGGCGGCGCGGAGAAGGCUGCCGAGCCGGCGACUGAGGGAAGCGGCGGAAACAACCAAGGCCGCGGAGGAGGCGGGGGCCGGGGAAGAGGCGGCGCUCACGGACACCGAGGAGGCGGGGGACGGGGCAGACGCGAGCCUCGAGGUCGCCAGGCAGCGCCGCCCCACACCGCGCCCCAUCACUGGCGGGUAGAGAAGGACAACGAUACUGACUCACAAGAGGAAGAAGAAAAGGAUGAGCAGAGAAGCUAUUCAAGAAGAAAGAUUUUUUCCAACUGGAGCCGCUAUGAGGAUACAGAAAGAGAGGGAGAACAUGAGGAAGCACGAAGAGGAACAGAUUUCAGUGUCUUACUGAGCUCAGCAGGAGAUUUCUCCGCACAGUUUCGAUUUGCUGACGAGAAAGAAUGGGCUAGAGAAAGUCUCUGCCAUCAGCAGUUAUCUGCACUUUCCGUUGACUGCCAGUCUUUGGUCCAGGCCCUUCAAGAACUGCCUCUGCAUCUGAGGCUGAAUGUACCUGCUGAGCUUGUGCAGGCAUCAACCCCAGCAGAGCUCCCGCAGAUGAAAUCUAAAGUUCCUGAAGGCAGCAAGAGAAGAGAGCUUCUGUUCCAACGGCCUCUAGCCCCAAGUGAAACAGCGUUGGUCUCCCAUUCCAGUACUGAUUCUGUUUCUCCACCAGAGGCUGGAAGUAAAAAUGGUCCAAGGGCAAGUGCAGCAGAACCAUUUCAGAGAGGCCAUGCACUGUCGAAGCAGGAGACCGACCAUUUGGAUGAAGAACUAGAUUUCCUCCUAACUCUAGAUGCUCCUGUGGAUCCAGAGAAGGUACCUGUGUCAGGCACAGUAUCCAACACCACUUCAGCUGGGAAAGAUCUGAAAGAUCUGGGCUCAGAGUGGAAGGCAAAGGACCCUUUAGCACCAGCUGUGCCUGAAGAGAAGAGUGCAGCAUCACAGCAGCAAAAGGCAUCAUCUAAAACCAUUAGUGAGGAGGAGCUGGAAGACUGGCUGGACAGCAUGAUCUCCUGAAGGAUGGAACAGAGCAAGCCUUGAGCAGCAAGUGGCCUCCUGCAGUUUGAUCAGUGUCCCACAUGCCCAAUUUUCUUUGCUGGCACCUAACGUUCAUUUAGAUGAAACCAAAAGUUGUAUAAGACAAAUAUUCUUAAAAGGUGUAAAAGUUGUAAUGGAGGCUUUUCUUUGCUGCAGCCUGCUAAAGGAACACUUACUUCAGCUUGUACUUGCUCUGUGUAGCCCUCAAAAUAAAGCAGUGAACAAACAGUG